AUGAUGCUGUGCUACACUUUUGUGUAUCACUUGCUGUCUUUGGCAGCAAUUGUAAUGAUUGUGACCUGCGGCGGAGGCGAGCAGAGGAGGGGGGUCGACAGUAGUACCAGCAGCACAGGUGGCGGCAGCAGCAACACCGGAGGAAGCGGCAGCAGACGAUUCCAUAAGAUCCAGCAUGGCCAGUGCACCUACACCUUCAUCUUACCUGAAGGAGGGGCAGCUGGGGAGGGUUCCUGCAGGGAGGCAAAAGGCGGUAGCCCACAGUAUAAUGCCAAUUCCCUCCAGAGAGAUGCACCGCCACCCGAUCCGGACUUUCCCAAACAGAAGAUCCAGCAGCUUGAACACAUUAUGGAGAAUUACACGCAGUGGCUACAGAAGAUUGAGAAUUACAUCAAAGAAAGAAUGAAAACCGAGAUGGCUCAACUGCAACAGAGCGCUGUACACAACCACACAGCAGCCAUGUUGGAAAUGGGAACCAACCUUCUCUCUCAAACUGCAGAACAAACGCGGAAGCUGACUGAUGUUGAGACACAGGUUUUGAAUCAAACAUCGAGGCUUGAGAUCCAGCUGCUAGAAAAUUCUCUUUCCACUAACAAGCUGGAGAAGCAGUUAAUGGUCCAGACCACCGAGAUCAACAAGCUCCAUGACAAGAACAGCCUCAUGGAGCAGAAGAUGUUAGAAAUGGAGAUGAGGCACCAUGAAGAAUUGGAGACUCUAAAACAGGAGAAAGGAAGUCUCCAAGAUCUUGUUGGGAGGCAGAGUGGGGUUAUCAAAGAGCUCGAGGCCCAGCUGAGCCGGGCUACGGGAAACAGCACCGCCCUGCAAAGGCAGCAACAGGAGAUGAUGGACACCGUCCACAACCUACUCAACCUUUGCUCCAAAGAUGGAGUCCCAAAGGUCCUGGAUGAAGAAAAGAAGUUCCGUGAUUGUGCCGACCUUUACCAGGCUGGCUUUAAUAAGAAUGGAGUCUAUAACAUCCAGAUCAACCUGCAAGAGAACAAAAGGGUGUAUUGUAACAUGGAAACAGCUGGCGGUGGAUGGACGAUCAUCCAGCGCAGAGAAGACGGCAGUGUGGAUUUCCAGAGAACGUGGAAGGAUUACAAAAUGGGUUUUGGAAGUACAUCUGCAGAGCACUGGUUGGGGAAUGAAUAUGUUUACCAGUUGACCAGCCAAAGGCAGUACAUCCUCCGCGUUGAACUGACAGACUGGGACGGACAGCAGGCCUUCUCACUUUAUGAUCGCUUUCAAAUUGGCAGCGAGAAACAGAACUACAGGCUAUUCCUGAAAAGCCACAGUGGGACAGCAGGCAGACAGAGCAGUCUAGUGAUCCAUGGCGCAGACUUCAGCACCAAGGACAUGGACAAUGACAACUGCAUGUGCAAGUGCGCCCUCAUGUUCACUGGUGGUUGGUGGUUCGAUGCUUGCGGCCCAUCCAACCUUAACGGCAUGUACUUCGUGCAAGGACAGCAUGUGGGGAAGGUAAACGGUAUCAAGUGGCACUACUUUAAGGGCCCCAGCUACUCACUACGAGCCACGGCCAUGAUGAUCCGCCCGCUGGAAUUCUCCUAGCCG